AUGACUUGGUAUAUAACAAGUCAAGUCACGGUCCGUAAAGCGAGCUCUCCCAUCGACAGCGGCAACGUUCCCUCGGCUCAACCGGCCUCGCUGCUUGUCCGCCAAUACAUGUACCGUCUGGUACGCUCUGGCUACCCCGUGCUGCGAUGCUCAUCACGACGGGCCAUCGUGUCCAAGUGCACCAGACAGACCAUUUUGCAUCGCCGCAGCGUGCUCCAUCAGCCUAACCACCAGCCGGAUUCCUCUCUUCUUCAGCACCAGGCUGUGAAGCGUGGCAUCCCGCACGCAGCCCCCGGCAUUUGGCUACUCCAUGCCGAAGCCGUGCCACCACACCAUGCGGACGGCUCCCGUCUCGAAAAUGCUGCUGCACGCCGCGUUGCUAAUAAUAGGCCGUCGCCCUACCGGGUUUGA